CAGAUGGAUUGGUCAAGACAAGCUUCCAAUAUAGAUCUAGAUCUAUAGAUCUGCUGCUGUGGGCGUGCUUGAAGUGACUGACUGACUGAUCUACCGAUGGAUUCUAGCAUCACCACCUUCCAUGAUGAGUGGCUGACAUGAGCUCCAAGGGAAACGCCAGUGAGGUCUGGAAGUGUCUGCUGCCCUCAGGAGGAAUCUGAGUGUCUCAGAGACGUUCUCUGGAUGAGACCUGGAUGAGACAAGAAGAGAAGAAGAAGUAGUGAGAACAUUCCCCCCCACAGAGGACCCAAACCAUGGGUUUGGCACGCCGGACUGAACGUGUGUUCCUAGCCCGUCAGUAGCACCACCACCCCCCUCACCCCUCCUCCCCCCAACCCCAUGUCAGACCGUUCUCUGAAUGAUGGAAAUUUUGCGGAAGACGCUGACUUGUAUAUUGAUAUUGGGCCUGGUGGUGGUCAUGGCUUCCUCUGAAUUUCAAAGACUUUCGCACAACUCACAAGUGGAGUACCUGUCCUACCUGCAGCACUACCAGCUGACUGUGCCGAUGCAGGUGGACGAGAAUGGGGACUUCCUCAGCUACACUGUGAAACACCACCGGCCCGGUCGCAGGAGACGAACCGCCGACCCAACCAGCACCACCGUCGGCCCAGAGUCAACCGACCACGUCGAACAGGACCCGGCCCAGACCCGAGUCUUCUACAGACUGUCUGCUUACGGAAAGCACUUUCACUUAAACUUGACCCUCAACCCCCAGCUGGUGUCCAAACAUUUCACAGUGGAGUACUGGGGGAGAGAGGGCCUGGAGUGGAGACAUGACAUGGUGGAGAACUGCCACUAUGUAGGAUACCUGCAGGAUCAGUACAGCUCCACCAGAGUAGCACUCAGUAACUGUAAGGGCUUGCACGGUGUUAUUACCACAGAAGAAGAGCAGUAUUUAAUAGAGCCACUCAAGAAUAUAUCGUCCACCACUUCCAGCCAAUGGGACCAGGGAGAAGGACAGCAGCAUGUUAUUUAUAAAAAGUCUUCCAUCCCCUCGCCGCAGCAGCAACCCAACCAACACGAGUUCAGCUGUGGCAUCUCAGACCUCACAAAAAACGCGAGCCCCUGCCAACAUAGCACUCCUUCCCCAACCUCUCCAACCUCCUCUCCCUCGUCCUCUCCCACCCCAGCCCCUGGGUCCAACAGCACCCUGCCCGGGGGGCGCCACAGACAGAGGCGGUCACUCAGCACGGAACGUUUCGUAGAGACCCUGGUGGUAGCUGAUAAGAUGAUGGUUGGUUACCAUGGCCGCAAAGACAUCGAGCAUUACAUCCUGUCUGUGAUGAAUAUUGUUGCCAAACUGUACCGUGAUGCCAGCCUAGGAAACGUUGUGAACAUUAUAGUAACCCGCCUGAUCGUACUGACUGAAGACCAGCCCAACCUGGAGAUCAACCACCAUGCAGACAAGUCUCUAGACAGCUUCUGUAAGUGGCAGAAGUCCAUCCUCAGUCACCAAGGAGACGGGAACAGCAUCCCGGAGAACGGCAUGCCUCACCAUGACAACGCUGUCCUCAUCACACGGUAUGACAUCUGCACUUACAAGAACAAACCCUGUGGGACUCUAGGCUUGGCGUCGGUAGCUGGGAUGUGUGAGCCGGAGAGGAGUUGCAGCAUCAAUGAAGACAUCGGCCUGGGUUCUGCUUUCACCAUCGCUCACGAGAUUGGCCACAAUUUCGGGAUGAACCAUGAUGGAAUAGGAAACUCAUGUGGGACUAAAGGCCAUGAGGCAGCCAAGCUGAUGGCGGCCCACAUCACAGCUAACACCAACCCCUUCUCCUGGUCGGCCUGCAGUAAGGACUAUAUCACCAGCUUCCUCGACUCAGGUCGGGGGACGUGUCUGGACAAUGAACCUCUGAAACGAGACUUCCUGUACCCAACAGUGGUCCCGGGGCAGGUGUACGACGCAGACGAGCAGUGUCGCUUCCAGUAUGGAGCUUCCUCACGACAGUGCAAAUAUGGGGAAGUGUGUAGAGAGCUCUGGUGCCUUAGCAAAAGCAACCGCUGUGUCACCAACAGUAUCCCUGCUGCUGAGGGGACCCUGUGUCAGACUGGCAGCAUUGAGAAAGGGUGGUGCUACCAGGGGGAGUGUGUGAUAUUUGGAACGUGGCCCCAGAGUGUGGACGGAGGCUGGGGUCCCUGGUCGUCGUGGGGGGAGUGCAGCAGGACCUGCGGAGGGGGAGUCUCUUCCUCCAUGAGACAUUGUGACAGCCCAGCGCCUUCUGGAGGAGGGAAGUACUGUCUCGGGGAGAGGAAGCGCUACAGAUCGUGUAACACAGACGCAUGUCCAUCGGGAUCCCGGGAUUUCCGGGUGAAGCAGUGUGCCGACUUCGACAGCAUGCCGUUCCGUGGGAAAUACUACAACUGGAAGCCCUACACUGGAGGUGGUGUGAAGCCAUGUGCUCUGAACUGUCUGGCGGAGGGAUAUAACUUCUACACCGAGCGCUCCCCGGCCGUCAUCGAUGGAACACGCUGCCAGGCCGACUCACUGGACAUCUGCAUCAAUGGAGAGUGCAAGCACGUUGGCUGUGACAACAUCCUGGGUUCGGACGCCAAGGAGGACCGCUGUCGGGUGUGUGGAGGGGACGGCAGCACCUGUGAGGCCACAGAGGGACUGUUCAAUGACUCCCUACCCAGAGGAGGUUACAUGGAGGUUGUUCUGAUACCAAGGGGAUCAGUCCACAUAGAAAUCCAAGAAAUUGCCAUGUCCAAGAACUACAUCGCAUUGAAGUCAGAGGGAGAUGACUACUUCAUCAACGGAGCGUGGACCAUCGACUGGCCCAGGAAGUUUGACAUCGCAGGGACAGCGUUCCACUACAAGAGACCACUUGACGAACCUGAGUCGCUAGAGGCCCUGGGGGCCACCACGGACAACCUAGUCGUCAUGGUUCUUCUCCAGGAGCAGAACAUGGGGAUCCGUUAUAAGUUCAACGUUCCCAUCCAGAGGACAGGAAGUGGGGACAAUGAGGUGGGCUUCUCCUGGCACCAUCUGGCCUGGUCCGACUGCUCCGCCACCUGUGCUGGAGGUUCUCAGAAGCAGGAAGUGCUGUGUAAGCGUCUGGAUGAUAACUCGGUGGUGCAGAACAGCUACUGUGACCCAGACAACAAACCUCCGGAGAACCAGAGGUCCUGCAACACUGAACCGUGCCCCCCGGAGUGGUUUAUCGGGGACUGGUCGGACUGUGGGAAGACGUGUGACGGCGGGAUGCGGACUCGGACGGUUCUGUGCAUCAGGAAGAUGGGGCCUGCCGAGGAGGAGACCCUGGAGGACAGCCACUGUCUGACGCACCGACCAAUAGAACGAGAGGCCUGCAACAACCAGUCCUGCCCCCCUCGGUGGGUCACUCUGGAUUGGUCAGAGUGUACGCCCAAAUGUGGCCCUGGGUUCAAGCACCGCAUUGUGCUGUGUAAGAGCAACGACCUGACCAAGACCUUCCCCCCCGCCCACUGUCCCUCCCACAAUAAGCCCCCCGUCAGGAUCCGCUGUAGUCUGGGACGCUGUCCGCCACCUAGAUGGAUCCCAGGGGAAUGGGGACAGUGCUCGGCGCAGUGUGGGCUGGGCCAGCAGAUGCGGACCGUGCAGUGUCUCUCCUACACGGGCCAGCCCUCCAGUGACUGUACCGAGGGCCUCAGACCCACUGCCAUGCAGCAGUGUGAGAGCAAGUGUGACGCCAUGCCCAUCGCCAACGGUGACGAAUGCAAAGACGUAAACAAAGUGGCAUAUUGCCCACUGGUGCUGAAGUUCAAGUUCUGUGGCCGUGCGUACUUCAGACAGAUGUGCUGCAAGACGUGCCAAGGACGCUGACCCACUGAGAGAGAGAACGAGAGGAAGACAGAGAGGAAGAGAAGGAGCUGGAGGGGAACGAGAGAGACAGACAACGGGAAGAGUGAAAGAAACGCAAGACCAGUAGAAGAGGAGGAGGAACGAGGAUUAGGAGACACUGGGACGAGAGAAGAAAAUAGGGAUUUCGCCCGUUUGUUACACCUGCUACCCCCUCAAACUCCUCCCCCCCACACCCCAUCAUCACCGUGGAAACCUAACCACUGCUCAGCGGUCAAGCUGACACAGACGUUUAUUGCUGUCACUUCUGUGAAGUGGGAACCUUAGAGGACUACUGUUACUGAUGUUAUUUUUAUUAUAAUAAUAAUAAUUAAUAUUAUUUUUAUUAUUUCAUUGUCGUCUGAUUGUUGUCGUUGUUGUUGUUGUUUGAAUCCAACGUGCUGGACACAUCACACAUAGAGCAGAAGCACCGCAGGGAUGUAGGGAGUAGCCACUGGAAGGAAAGGAAAGGAGAGGAGGAAGGAGUGUAGCUUAGAAAUGGAGGUGGGCCUCGUAAUGGUGCUAUACGGACAGACAGACAGACUGUUGCUCCGGUGCACUAGCGUGCGUGAAUAUCCCAUAAUUUACACCUAGACACUCCCACAUCACCAAACCCAUCAGUACUGUAAUGAACUCCUGUUCAAGACGUCAUCGCCCGUGGUGUCCUUCAAGCGUUUUGUGUUAAAUCUGUCUGUGACUAUGCCACGUGUUGUCAAUGGAGUCCCGGGGGGCGAUGAGAUGACAGAGUGUAUGUUUCUAAAAAUGUUCUGUGCCGGAACCAGAAAACGAGGUGCUUUGUCUGGAGUCAUUGCUCCUUCCGUGUUAUCAGAGGAGCUGAACACAAGGUCAGGGGGCGCUAGGGUCCGAUCAUUCUGUUGUUGUAUGUCUGCGUCUCUCCUUUUCUGUUCUCGAAAGGAGGGGUGCCUUCGUCUCAAACAACACUCCCGUUGUGCCAGAACCUUUAAGAAGGAGGCCCAGUGUUGAUGCAAAAUAAUGGAUUUGUGAAAAGUCCCUAAUAUUGCAAACCGCACCGUUUGUCAUUGAAGUAAGUACUGAACUGGCUUUGACGUACCUUAUUGUUGUUACCAUUAUCGUUAUUAUCAUGUAGUUAUUAUCAUGUAGUGGUUAUACUCCACCUCCAAAAAGCCUCAUCAAAAUGCAUUGGAGAUAGUUACUAUUCGUGAACUAUGCUGUAAUCAAAGCCGGAGGACCUCUGUAUCAGCUCUAUAACAGUGUAUGUGUAGUGCCGAGGUUUCAUCAGCGUGGGAAGAACGCACAGCCUCUUCAGCACUGCGACUGGAGUUAAGUGAAGGGCCAGUACUCGCACACACACGUCCCUCCCAGCAGACCACGACGUGUUGCCAGACCACGCAGAUCCGGUCUAUCUCAGACAGACUACCUCCAGAUACUGUCACCCCCCCCCCCCCCCCCCUCUUUGCUCCCCAUCUCCAUUCUUCAAAGAGAGUACAAAAAGCAAAUAACAGAAUAUUAUGCAACACAGUGGUGCAUUUUUUUAUUCUUUUUUUUUAUUCCGGUGGAAUACUGUUUGUUUCCGUUGCCGCCUCUUCGUUUCCUCUUCCUCUUCAAGUGGGAGGCCUUUCCUGGCUUCACCCUGUCCUCCCCCAGGCUCUUCUCCCUGGCUCUUCUCCCUGGCUCUUCUCCCAGGCUCUUCUCCCUGGCUCUUCUCCCUGGCUCUUCUCCCAGGCUCUUCCCCCAGGCUCUUCUCCCAGGCUCUUCACCCUGUCCUCCUCCCAGGCUCUUCUCCUAGGCUCUUCUCCCAGGCUCUUCUCCCAGGCUCUUCUCCCUGGCUCUUCUCCCUGGCUCUUCUCCCAGGCUCUUCACCCUGUCCUCCUCCCAGGCUCUUCUCCCAGGCUCUUCACCUAGGCUCUUCUCCCAGGCUCUUCUCCCUGGCUCUUCUCCCAGGCUCUUCUCCCAGGCUCUUCUCCCAGGCUCUUCACCUAGGCUCUUCUCCCAGGCUCUUCUCCCAGGCUUUUCUCCCUGGCUCUUCUCCCUGGCUCUUCUCCCUGGCCUCUACCUGGCCUCUACCCGGCCCGUGGUGCUAUAGAAACGGGUGCAUUCACUCUCUAGGCUGGAUCUGUUCUGAGCAAUAUGAACACUAAGACAGUAUCUAUGUUUGUUAAUGCUGGCAAUGUUGUUGUUUGUUUCAAAUGAUCUCUUCUUACCUCACACUGGGAACUUUCAUUGAUGGUGUAGUAUCGUGUAGUAACCUCGCACACCCAAACACAACACCGCCACCCCUGACCCCUGACCCCUAUACAUGGAAUUCCAGCCAGUUGUAUCCUGUAUUAUUCCUAGUGGUGUCAAACAUUCUUCCAAUAUAAACCUUACCCAAGUGACAUUGCUGCUGGCGUUGGUUCGGGGUUUGUGAAAAGGGACCACCACCUGUGUGUGGAACUGACCCACAAUUCCAGACAGCCUCAGACCCAUAUGGAGCCAUGCUGCGGAGGAUAAACCAGUAGGACUUAACGGAACCCCCAUACCAUUGGGAAAGACAAUUUAGGAGUCAUAAACGGACCACGUGGGGACUGCUACAAUCAUACAACGACUACGCUACUUUUGUUUUGCUGCUGCUACUUUUUGGUAGCCACCUCCAGUGUCACUAAGGACGUUAGGACCGUGAUCUUUGGCGAUGAAACGUUGAACCAGGACGUUUGGACAUUAGUGGACGAUGAAAACUAAAGCAUUUGACCUGUAUUGAACUCAACAUGCUGGGGCUUCUUCCAGAGCUGUUUCUAUGUCAAAUCCUGAGGCUUGAAGUAACAGUUUAUUGGCAUUGGGACACGGAGCCUACAGACAGACAGAGAGACAGACUGACUGACAGAGGCACUCUAGAAGAUGCUCAAUCCAACUGGUACUCGUAGCUGUGAACUUGGACGUUAUGAAUGUCACAUUGCUUUACCACGUACCUUCAAGGGCAAGAGAGACAUGAAAAAGAACAAGCAUUAUUUGAUUAGUUGCGUAUAUUUUAUAUUCAGUAUUAAUGUUGGUACACUGUUACUAAUAUUUUUUUUUACAUUGUAAAUGAAAUGCUAAUUUAUUGCCAUGUGUCACUUGUCAUACAUUUGCUUCACUGCAUGCGAACAUAACGUUAGUCUUGUGAGAAAUAAAUGCAGUGAAAUAGGGCCCCUUCACCAAACUGAUUUAACGUAGAUUCAUUACGACAAUAAAAAGAGCAGCUUCUGAAGAGA